AUGUCCUCUGCUCAUGAUGCCACCACCAAGAUCUCCAUCGACAAGUUCGACGGCGACAACUUCGCGACGUGGAGCCGCUACAUGCGUGGCGUGUUCCUGACCAAGUCGGCGUGGCACGUGGUGAACCGGGAGACGUCGCCGACCUACGCGGACGAUCGCGCCAUGGACGACUACGUCAAUGCCAACAACAUUGCGUUCGGCUUGAUGCUGCUGCACAUGGACGCAGACUACCAUCACAUCGUCGAUGACUGUGAAGAGGCGUGGGUCGCGUGGGCGCGUUUGAAGACGCUGUACGGCGGGUCGCAGAAGGCUGGACGCAUCUACUUGAAGCGUCAGCUGUUCAGCGUGGAGAUGGCGGAAGGCGGCAAUGUCAUGCAUCAUUGCAAUAAAGUUCUCAACAUCAGCGCCAAGCUCAGUAGUAUCGGCGCCAAGAUGGAGGAUGAGGACGUGGUGAUCUGCUUGUUAUGCAGCCUCCCCAAGAGCUACGAGAAUCUCGUACUGAACUUGGAGAUGAGCAGCGCGGAACUGCGGACGCAAGACGUCGUGAAGGUGCUGACGAAUGAGCACAUCAAGAGACAAGGAACAAGGAAACAAGAAGACAUCGUGGAAACGUGCUGGACCAAGCAGAAGGAAGACAACCGGGGAGCUCGACGCGGCGGCAAUGCUCGUGGACGCGGAGCAAAUCAAGUUCAGUGGAAAAGCUGCAACGGCAACAACAACUAUGACCAUAAUCGAGUGGCGUUUGGUGUUUUGCUGGAAUGCGGACUUUCAACGACCAAGAGCAUGUCUGGAAUGUGGGCGAUUGACAGCGGUACAACACAUCACAUCUGCUAUGACAAGUCCAAGUUCGAAGUUAUGGAAGAGCGCAAUGAAUGUGAAGUGUUGGUUGCAGAGGGGAACAAGGCUGCGAUCAACGGUGUUGGGACAAUCGUCGAAAAGGUGGUCCUGUCCAAUGGUGAAGAGCGCGAAGUCGAGAUCAAGAACGCGCUUUACGUUCCAAGCAUGAACAAGAACUUGCUGUCGAUACCACAAAUUAACAAAAGCGGCAAGUUUCAAGUGGUGUUUGAUGUUGAAGAAAUGAAGAUUUCGCACAAAGGCUCCAAGCAAGUAAUGGCGAUGGCCGAUCUUGUGGAUGGCCUCUACUGGCUUCGUACAUCCCAACGAUCCGUGAAUGCGGCUUCAGGACCAAGAGUCGAAAACCUUCAUGCGCGUAUGGGCCACGCACCAGUCGAUGUCUUGUGCAGGAUGGUCUCCAAGGGCAUGAUCAGGAUGCCAAGAUGCCAACAAAAUUGA